UGAAUCUCGCCUUUGUCAAUCCCCUGUAGGAUCAUCUGUGUCAGCUGCAGCCCUCAUGAGAGAGGAGACUGGUUUUGUGCGAUAAGCGAAGGCUCCACUUCACUGGGCCUUUUUUUCUCCUGUUUUAUCCAUCGGUACAGUGCAAAAUCAGAUAUCACUGAUGAGGCAUUUUCCAUGUUGCAUUACUCCGGCGAGAAUGAUUUCUGGGAAGUGUCGCAAUAUUCAUUGCUGUUGUGAAGCGGCGUCGCUUGUGUGAGUCUCUUAAAGAACUUUCGGGGUGGCUCACUUUUCUUUGUAAGACGCUUCUGGUAAUUCAAUUCAUGUUCUUACUCUCACUGAUCACUCACGCUGUUUUAUCACAGCGCUGCGUGAUGUCAUCUUGUGUUUCUUGUGACCUUACUCAACCGUCAUGGAUCAGGAGUUUCCAGUGGUGUAACACUCAACUAAAGUGCCCGUUUUUUUUAUUUAUUUAUUUAUUUUUCCAACCUGGCAAUAACUGAUAAAGUGGCUCUGACUUACACCACUGAAGGUCAACAAACGUAACGCCACCGGCCAGAGGACGGAAACUUCUUUUAGACAUCGAUCUGUCGCCGAGAUCUCAGGAUGAGCUGUCUGAGAAAAAAUACUGCAGAGGGCCAGCUCAGCCAUGACUCAACAGGUGGUCCGGGUCCAGCCGGGGAGCAGGGCUCAGGAGGCAGGUCAAUGGAGCACUGGCCUGUGUGAGUGCUAUAAAGACGUGGGUGACUGCUGCUUUGCCCUGUGCUGCCUCCCUGUGUUUACCUGUAAGGUGACCAGUGCAGUGGGCGCCUGUCCCUGCCUCCCUCUGCUGGACUGCAUCGGGUGCGUGCCGCCGGCCUCUCUCGCCAUGAGGGCGUCCGUCAGGCAACGAUACGGCAUCAAGGGGAGCGUGUGGAGCGACUGCCUGUACGGCUGCUGCUGCUAUCCGCUAUCCUGGCUCCAGAUCUCCAGAGAGCUGAAGAGAAGAGCAGCAUCCCACGCCUCCUCCUCCUCGUCCUCCUCAUCCUCGGCCAGAUACACCGCUCUCGCCUCCCUGCAGGGGGAGCACUUGGUCUAGACGCGCGGCGCAGCGCUCCCUCCUUCCUCCCUGGCCUCUGCCGCCGCCGGCCCUCCUGGGUACAGGAGCUGAUUUAAUCACACUUCCUCCGGCUCUGCAGCCCCUCCCUGUUACCUCGGAGAAUUCAGCAGGGACACAAUGUGUGACACAGAGAGGAAAAGUUCCGUCUGACCCAAGAUGAAGAGAAACAAGUGUGAUAAGAAAUAGGCUGCUCGAGCAGGAGUCAUUUUGAAUGUUACUUUGAUUUUAUAUUUAGCAUUUCUUUCAUAAUCUUAUUGUUCUUUAUUUUACUAAAAUGCUACUAUUAUGUACUUUUCCGGUGCUUUGGUAUUUCAGUUUUAUGCUACUGAACUCCCUUACAUUUCAGAGGGAAUUGUUACUCUUUUUACUUCACUACAUUUAUCUGACAGCCAUGUUUGUAAAUUACCUUUCAUACUGAGGACAUUAAAUACUUACUGAAUGAAUUCUAAAAUUCAUUUCUUUCCUGUGAUCCCCCUACAAAAAGAAAAAAAAAAAAAAAAGAAAAACUGUAUGUCGUUUCAUGUUUCAUGCUGACUACUUUUUUCCACUAAUGUAUUCAUGAGUUAAGGUCAUACAAACAGAUUAAAUGGUUUUCGCUUCGAAUCGUUCACAAAUGCUGUAAAACCUAUAUUACACAAAAUUCCUGGAAUCUUUUAGCCCCCCAGUGUGGCACUCUUAAAAAAUGUUACUGUAUAUCACUUUUGGGUGCAUUAGACAUCAUGAAUGGAAAAAUGCAGCUUUGAAGAAGUUGAUACUGUACAGUGCAUUCCUCAGAAAUAAAUUUGUGAAAUGAA